AUGUCUGAUCCGGUCAAACGUCAGACAUCCUUCCUCAUCGAGGACAUCCUCUCCAUGAAAGACAAAGUGGGUUCUGUUGAGAAAUGCUGCACCCAUGCAAAGGAAGAAUGGGAAGAAGACGGCAAAAAGUUGGCAGAGUCAUCUUUUGUGGACCACACAGCAUCACUGGACACAUCCUGUCCCAGCACGUCCGAGUCAUUUGUGGAAAAACCCAAACGCACCAGAGCGGCAUUCACGCAUCUCCAAGUGCUGGAGCUGGAGAAGAAGUUCAACCACCAGAAGUACCUGUCGCCCCCCGAGAGAGCCCACCUGGCCAAUGCGUUAAGACUGACCGAGACCCAGGUGAAAAUCUGGUUUCAGAACCGCAGGUACAAAACCAAGAGAAAGCAGCAGACGUCGGACUUCAUCAAGGACACUUACAAAGCGGAAGGACUGGACCCGUCCAUGUUCUUAAACUCUUUUUGCAGAGCGUAUCAGUACAGACCCUUCUUGUGGCACUACGGUGGUCCCUGGAGGCCGGUUUUGUGGUGA